GGAUCAACACGCCGACAGAGCGGAACUGCCGUACAAGGGAGCGACGAUACCGCCAUCCUACCCGCAAGUUUAUACCGAAGCGCUUCUACAGUUGUAGCACCGAGAACCAUGAUGAACGGACAGAUGAACGGCUUCCACAACGCCCUCAUUGACGAGGACUGCUUCCUGUUCACCUCGGAGUCGGUGGGAGAAGGACACCCCGAUAAGAUCUGUGAUCAGAUCAGCGAUGCUGUUCUGGACGCCCAUCUGAAGCAAGACCCCGAUGCCAAAGUUGCAUGCGAGACUGUUGCCAAGACUGGGAUGAUCCUGUUGGCUGGUGAAGUGACAUCGCAUGCCACAGUAGACUACCAGAAGGUCGUCCGUGACACCAUCCGUCAAAUUGGCUAUGACGACUCCUCCAAAGGAUUUGACUACAAGACCUGCAACGUUCUCGUGGCCUUGGAGCAGCAGUCCCCAGACAUUGCUCAGGGUGUUCAUAUUGACCGCAAUGAGGAGGACAUCGGUGCUGGAGAUCAGGGUUUGAUGUUUGGAUACGCCACAGAUGAGACUGAGGAGUCGAUGCCGCUCACAAUUGUUCUUGCCCACAAGCUGAAUGCUAAAAUGGCUGAACUGAGGCGCAAUCUCACCCUCCCCUGGCUCCGACCAGACUCAAAGACACAGGUCACUGUACAGUACCGCCAGGACCGCGGUGCCAUGCUCCCUGUGCGAGUGCACACAAUUGUCAUUUCUGUUCAGCACGAUGAGGAGAUUUGCCUGGAAGAGAUGAGAGAUGCUCUGAAGGAGAAAGUCAUCAAGGCGGUUGUUCCCUGCAUCUAUUUGGACGACGACACCAUCUACCACCUGCAGCCCAGUGGGCGCUUCGUCAUCGGAGGACCACAGGGAGAUGCUGGUCUCACUGGUCGUAAAAUUAUCGUGGACACUUACGGAGGCUGGGGGGCCCACGGAGGCGGAGCCUUCUCCGGGAAAGACUACACAAAGGUGGACCGCUCUGCUGCCUAUGCUGCACGCUGGGUGGCCAAGUCUCUGGUGAAGGCAGAGCUCUGCAAGAGAGUGUUGGUCCAGGUGUCCUAUGCCAUCGGAGUUGCCCACCCCCUCUCCAUUUCUAUCUUCCACUAUGGGACCUCCAACAAGAGCGAGCGGGAGCUUCUUGACAUUGUGAGGAAGAACUUUGACCUCCGUCCCGGAGUCAUUGUCAGGGAUCUGGAUCUGAAGAAACCCAUAUAUCAGAGGACCGCAGCCUAUGGCCACUUUGGCCGGGAAUCCUUCCCUUGGGAGGUGCCCAAAAAGCUCAAAUACUAAACCUGUUAAGCUUUUCCCCCCAGGCCUGUUGGCGUAUGCUACAGAGAAGCCUCCAAGGUUCCGGGGGUGAAAUGCGGUUGUCUCCCUCCCUCCCUCCCCUCUCCUUCUCUCUCGUACUCUGCUAUCGUUUAGCACAUCAUGACUCCUUUCUGCACUCCUCCCACCUUUGUCUUGUUACUGUUUUCUGCUGGUUGCAGUAUCGUGCUGGGUCCCAGGAGGCUUGCCCCUGAAACUUGAUGUUGUGAAGAACUGCACAGGUUCCAUGAACUCGUGCGAUAUUAGUAGACGUUCUCCUGUGUCUUGAGGUCCCCCCUGCUUUCUUGUGCUGAAAAGCGUAUAGCAGUGUUCUGUUCUCCUACUCGCUUCCCCUACCUGUCAGUAUGUGGCCAGUCCUAGUGUCAUGGAGGUAACAUAGUGGGCUAAAUGUGAUUGUCUUAAUUUACUGGUGCUACUGAUGAAAAAAGAGUCUGCAUGACAUUUGAAGUUAUUUCAGAUCAUUAAAAAAAAAAAAGCAUAGCUCUGAUAGUUUAGGGGUCCUCUGAUGUGGCACAGUCCCCAUUAAAGCUCAGCUUGGUUCUUAACAUUCCUCCUUGUCAGUCUGGAAAACUAGUCGUCAACCCAGUGCUCUCUUCACCUUUUUGUUAGCUUUAAUCCCCUCUUCUUUGUGGAGGAUGCUAGAAUGGCACAAUUAAAAUUCAAGCGUCGUGGCUGUUUUUCUCUAAAAUGCUAUGCAUUGCAGACAAGGGGCAAGCCAAAUCCGAAUCAUUGAAGCUCUCGAGACGAGCGUAAGGCCUCAGAUUCCCCUACAGACCUUUGCUGUUUUCUGACGUAAUACAGAAAAGUCAGAAGCUGCUAUGUCACUGCUCUGGUCUGCAGAGGUAUUGUGAAUACUUGAUGGUAACCGGGAGAGGUGUUUAUGCAUCAAAACUGAAUUUUAAAUUAGUCCUUUUUUUAAAUGUAGUAUCAUUGCUUUUUGAUAGUUUGAAGUGACUAAAGGCCCUUUUACUCCUGAAGGUUAUUGAUGGCAGGUGUAGCUACAGAGAAACCUGGCUCCCAUCUUUAUCCUUGAAGGAGUGCGUUCUUUUGCAAGAAUCCUAUCAGCUAGGAGUAAAACUACACUAUUUAUUUGUUCUCUGAAACUCGGUGUGGAUACAGAGAAGCCGAGUUUUCAGAAGGCAGCUUUAAACAGACAUGGUUAUUGAAUUUUGAAUUCCUGAUGACUUGAUCAUUUCAGUGUUUGGCUUGAGGCUCCAAAGUGUCCUACAGAAAAGCUUUGGCUCACCUCAACAAGAAAGUUGUCACUGGCUACUGUAAAUGACUAUUUUGCAACCCGUUUCUUUUUUUUUUUUAAUUUUUUUGGACUGCAGAUCUUAUUUUUUUAGGUGGGCUAGUUUUGAAAUUCCACUGAGGGAGAAAAAAACAAAAUGAUCUGGUGCAAUUCGUUGGCUCUUAUCUUUCCUCACUGAUAGGAUGGCGACAUUUGGUUGGUGUAGUACAGAGAAACCAGCCUUGUUUACAUAGCCGUCCCAUGAGUAGGAUAGGAUUUCAUGUUUGGUUUAUGUUCCCUUUCUACAACUCUGGGGGGGUCAUCCCAAUGGCUACAGUAAGUGAAAGAGUGCCUUUUCUAUUUCCUCUACCCCCCCCCCCCCCCCCCCCCCCCCCCCCCCCUCCUCCUCCUCAUUUACUUUUCUUUUCUCCCCUUCCACCAACAUGCGUUCAACUUCCAGAGGAACAAGUAGCUCAUACUGUAACAUGCUUCAUGUCUAGACUGGGUAGUUUCCUAAUGCUCUGUAAUAAACUACUCCUCAAAC